AUGUCGUUUAUCACGGAGACGCGGCAUCCGCCGAAGGGAGUACGUGUCCGCGGGCGGGAGACAGCUACUGUGCCGUCGCACUCCGCCAUGAGGCAAUACGAAGCCACAGUUUUACCAUACAACGUGAUCACGUACUAUGUUGAAUGCUCUACGGCGACUACUCGGAGUGUGGGCGAUGGUUGCCGGACAGGGGCCUUUGAUACAAUUUGUCCUCCGAGUGACGGGCCUGGCUCCUACAACUAG